AAUAAAGUGAAAAAAGGAAGGACGAAAAAGAAUGCUCUGGAACUCCGUGUUACAUUACACAUAUCGGGUUUUGAAUCAUCGAAUCAAAAUAGACCCGUCUGAAGAAACACAAACCGAAAACAGCAGCUGAUUCUUGCAUCAUCAUUGCCGAAUUUCUGAACUGAAGAAGAUUAUCCAUGGCGUCAUCUGAAACAAUCUCCCAGAAUCUCCCUCCCCAACAACCCCAACCUAAUACCGGAGAAGGCAACGGUAGCCUAACAAGCCAGGAAACGUACGCUCAAGUGGGUUGGUAUGUUCUGGCCCCAGACCAGCAACAAAUUGGUCCUUAUUCUUCCUCGGAGUUGCGUGACCAUUACACGAAUGGAUAUGUCUCAGAUGGUACGCUUGUAUGGUUUGAAGGCGCACCUGAUUGGCGACCACUGUCCUCAGUUGUUGGUCUACUCACUGGUACAUCCAAUCAAAGUGUUACAAUCCAGGAGACAGCCCCUGCCAUAUCCAGGGAUGAGGAUGAGUUUGAGAAGUGGCAAAGGGAGGUGAGAGAGGCAGAAGCUGACGCUGAGCAAGAGACCAAUGAUGAACCUGAAAGGCCAUCCACACCACCAGAUGGCGAGAAAGAAUUUACCGAUGAUGAUGGCACUUUCUACAAGUGGGAUAGUGUACUUAGAAAUUGGGUUCCUCAGGAAGAAAAAUCUGAAAUACCCGCGAACUAUGCUCUGGAUGAUAUGACUUUUGUUGAAGAAGAGGAAGUUUUCCCAUCACUGGGAACCCUAGAUAGUUCUGAUGGGGCAGAAGUCAAGGAAAUUAGUGAUGCUGCUGAUGCAAACCUUAAUGGCAAGAGAAAGCAGCCUGAGAAAUCUUCUGAGAAGAAGAUGGAAGCCAAUAAACCUCCUGAUAGUUGGUUUGAGUUGAAAGUGAACACACAUGUUUAUAUCACGGGGUUGCCUGACGAUGUUACAGAAGAGGAGGUGGUUGAGGUGUUCUCCAAAUGUGGAAUCAUCAAGGAGGAUCCUGAAAAGAAGAAGCCUCGUAUCAAGAUUUAUGUUGACAAAGAGACUGGACGGAAAAAGGGGGAUGCUCUUGUGACGUAUCUAAAGGAAGCUUCUGUAGAUUUGGCAAUCAAAAUUUUGGAUGGGGCACCUCUUCGGCCUGGUGACAAAGUUCCUAUGUCAGUUACCAAGGCUAAGUUUGAGCAGAAAGGGGAAACAUUUGUACCCAAGAAAAUGGACAAGAGAAAGAAGAAGAAACUCCAGCAACUUGAACAUAAAAUGCUUGGCUGGGGCGGACGAGAUGAUGCCAAGGUCUUAAUUCCAGCAACUGUGAUUCUGCGGUAUAUGUUCACCCCGACUGAGAUGAGGGCUGAUGAGAAUUUUCGCUCUGAAUUGGAGGAAGAUGUUAGAGAUGAGUGUUCAAAACUUGGUCCUCUGGAGUCAGUCAAGGUCUGUGAAAACCAUCCGCAAGGUGUUGUGCUUGUUAAAUUUAAGGACAGAAAGGAUGCAUUGAAGUGCAUCGAACUGAUGAAUGGACGGUGGUAAUGUCUUUUAUAUCUUUUUUGAAGCUGUCAACUCAUUUAUUUGACCAUGACAACUAUUAACGCUUGGAAGUUGUAAUGUUGUGGAUCCUUGUUCAUAAUAAGAGUUGGUAAAUUGUAUAUUUUGGGAUUUGUGGUGCAUGACAACCUUAGUGGACAAAAAUGUUAGGACCAUUAAUGACAUCAUUUUGCAAAGUGUUCAAGUGUGUGACAAAUUACUGAACUGUGAGCAUUUUACUGUAUUAGGAGCAUUGCUGUCAGCACCUUCAAAUUGUUCUUCCGCAAGUAUUUUGACUUGUCUUUUCCGUCAAUUAUUUUUUUCUGUUCAAGCAGUGUAUCUUUAGUUGGAAAUGCUGCUCAGCAUUUCAGGCAAAGGGAGUCAGAGGAAUUUAAAUUUUGUGUCAAAUCUAUCGGUUUAAACUGUGAAGAGUAACCUUUGUUAAUGAACUUAGUUUUUGUCAUUAAAACUUGAGACAGUUUUGUUAGCCAGGAGUUGUUUUUGGUAUGAAGAUUAGGGUUGUGGCUAAGGACUUGUUUUUGGCACCAAAAAUUGGGUCGUAGCUAAGUAAUUGUUUCUUUUACCACCCAUAAUGGUGACGUUUCUCCUUUCAGGUUCAAUCAAAGACAGGUACAUGCUAGUGAAGACGAUGGAUCCAUCAAUCAUGCUGCAAUCCGGGAUUUGGACGAGGAAGCGGACAGGUUGGAGAAAUUUGGAACUGAACUUGAAACUGAAUGAGACGGUUUUUCUUUCUGAUGAUUGCUUCAAAACUACCGCUCUUUGACAAGUCUUAAAUCAAUGGAGAAGAUUUUGUACAUGAAUGACUGACUGUUUUAGAAUGGUGAAAAGGAGCUUGUACAUGCAUGGUGAUGGGAUUUCUGCGGUACAAAAGUAGAACGUAAUUCUCAAAUUUUCCUGCGCACAUCAUUAAUUCUUAACCUAGGUUUGCAGUAAAGUAAGACGUUAGCGGUCCUUUUCAUCUCAUUUUGUUGCUGGAAAGAAUGACAUACGAAGAGAAAAACUGGGCGGAUAUCUUUUUUUACACUGCUCAGUGGACAGUGGACAGGAGAAAGCUAAUGAGAGUGUAGAAAUACAUUUUCUAUAGAUGAUUUUUCCUACUCUUUUACUCAUUAUCUGAUUUAGAUGUCAAAACAAGUAUAGAAAUAGCCAACUAUUUACAAUUUUCAAAUAGAAUUCUUUUUUUUUUCUUCCUUCUUUUCUGAACCGGUUUCUCCACUACGAAUAAUUUUUUCACUAUGAAAGAGAUUUUCCGG